ACAGCUUCAAGCUCUCAUGUUGGCAGACGUUCAUAACACUGUAUAAGCUCGCUGCGCGGUCGAUGCUUCCACAUCGCACUAGGACAAAGACGUGCAAGGUUACCCACACCGUCUUCUGCUUUCGGACAGGAACCCAUGCGAACACGGGAGAACCUCGACCGAUACCCCAUUUCACCGAGAUUUGCAUGUACAAUUGACUUUUGAGAACCGUCGAUUCGUGUGCGAUUGGGUGACGACGGGCUUCCUGAUGAUACAUGGCAAGAUCCCUGUGUAAUAGCAUCCUCGCUGACCACAUGGAUGAUCCUUCCGAUUCGAACUUGUCCUCAAGCUGUGUAGGUACAACUCGAGCAUCAAUUCCACUAUUUUGGUCCAAUAACCCUCAAACUUUGACUGUUGUGUUUGGCUUCUUUCUCUCACCCACCGGGACGCUCGCGCCCAUUGCUAGUCCGCACUAUAUUAAUUACCGAACUGUCAUCGAUCCUAGGUCGCACCGAGAUAGGAAAGGCAAUUCGUGUCCUGAGCCGAGCAGAAGUCUGGGACCGAGUUGGUUGCCUAUUCGCCGCUGGCCUUCGCUCAACCGGAUCAUGUUGUAUACAGCGUCAAUGUAUGCACUGAAGGCUGCUUCAAGUUCUAGUUCAUCCGCCCACCAUAAACGCAGGCCCGUUGCUUUAGGACUUAGGAUGCGAGCAGUCUUCGUUUUAACUUCAACUGAUGCCAAAGAACCCUCGGGCUUAUGACCUGCAAUGACCUUCGGCUCACUCCUCCAACGCGAUGUUCUCGCUUUCGAGCAACGCGGCCCUACCAUCUUCAUUAUCUUCAUGUUUUCAGAUGGGGUACACUGUCUUUCUAUCGACCGUAACAGCGGUACUACUCGAGGUGUCAUGUGAACCUGCAGAAGCCAAGAGAACUUCGCACAGGUAUAAAUACUCAAUUCUCGC